AAUUGAAAAUGUUCUAAAAAAUAACCUAAGAAAAAUGAAUGUAUUUAAUAUCAAUUCAGCAGUGCGGGUGUUUUGAUGAGAAAAUAAAAGAAGGAAAAACAAACAACAACAACAACAACAACAACAACAACAAACACAAACACAAUGCGUGGUGACUUACUGAAGCAACACUUUUGUUUACAGGGAGGCAGUGUGAAACUCCCGACGACCCCGACAACGGAGUCCUGGAUUGCCGAGCUUUCGGAGAUUAUAUGUAUUGUUCGGUUGUUUGCACAGCGGGAAAGGACCUGUUCCAGUAUCAUCUUGGUUCAUACUGUACCUCAACAACCUUGGUAUGGACACCCCCAGAGAUACCUGAUUGCGUAGACUCUGUAAGUUUACCUGAGAGUGGAGUGUGUCCUGCUCACAUGAUUCCCCAACCAUCCGUAGCUGGUUUCUCGAACUCAGUCAAGUUAUGCGUCAAAUGUCCUCGUGGAAUGAAGUAUGAUGACGCUCUGAAAGACUGCGUAAACUGCCCAGUGGGCUAUAUCAGUGAAAAAGAGUCAAGCUUGACUUGUACUCAAUGUCCCUCGGGAAAGAACAACACCAAGGAAGGGUCCAAAACAUGUAUCGAUUUGUGUAAGAAAGGGUAUUGGUCCAUUGAUGGUUUUGAUUCUCUUGAGAAUCAAGCAUGCAUACUUUGCAGCAUAGGAACUUAUCAAGACCAGUUUGGCGGGACAGAAUGCAAACAAUGUCCGAGUGGAUAUACAACUAUAUCGGCAGGUUCCACCUCUAAAGACGAUUGCGGAACAAGGCCUACAGUGUCGUCCUUUGGACCUCCCUCCAUGGUUAUAGAAGCGGAUGAAAAUGGCCGGGCGGAGUUCGAGUGUAUGGCAGCUGGGCCUCCAACACCAAAUUUUGUGGUAAAAAAGACACAAGAAGCACCAGAGGGAUAUGAGGGGCCUGUGAGAGUGGAGUACAUCACGUCAGGCAGCGUCACCACAGGAGUGCGUUAUAUCAUUCUUAGCGUGAUGGAACAUGAUGCUGGACUGUACUCGUGUACCGCAACUAACACGUUUGGUUCGGAUACAAAGCACCUCACACUAAAAGUGAAAUUGGAUUUCGGCUCAGGAGGUGGUGGCUCAGGGACAGGCCGAUAGAUGAAGAUCGACAGUA